CCACACUGAAGGCUAUGCGUCAAAUAUUGCCAAGACCUGAGGGAGAAAAAAAAUUAUGCAACCGCUCCGGGGCCUCCGUGUUACCAUAAUAAAAACCAUGUCCCACAGUCGUGUAUCUUUAGACGUAGUAAUAAUCCCUUGCGCGCUGUUGGUGGAAAUCCCCACGUGGUGUACGAAUUCCUGUAUAAAAACUUUGGGUGUGCGGAGCCCCUGUUGUCGUGAUUGCAAAGAGAGGAAAGGGUCUCACUGAGCAUUAUCUUGCAGGACGCACGGGAGCUUGCCACCCUAACCCGCGCACGGCGCACAUACAAAAAGACUCGGGACUCACGGAGCGCUCGCGUUCUGCUGGAAGCUGCGGGACAGGAGUCUCUGCAGGCUGCUUGAAUGGAGAGGAGCCGCCUGUACGGGGUUUUAUUCACACUUGUGCUCUUUUGUUUUGGCAGAUUACGCGUCUGAACGCAGCGUGGUUUGACAGAAGCGCAUCAACAAUCAGAACUGUCGUGCGCGCCUCUCGAUUACAGAGAUGAACUUUUAUUUUGUUGCUGGAUAACGAGCUGAAGGCACAAUGACUGGAAUCGUUUAGUCUCCUGGAAUACAAACACAUGCUCAGUGGAUUUAUUCACUGGAUGAUUUCUCCCGGAACUUUAGUCAAUGAAAAGUCGCUUAAAUCUCGGUGUGCAUUUUUAAAAGAUUCACCAUUUCUUUCGUAGCGUUUGGACUGUAGAAUAAACUUUAAAAUGAGCUUUUAUAGUGUGGCACUGUCUUGUUUAGUUGCGUGCGUGCUGUGCGUGCGCUGCAGCUCGGUGACCGGGACAGAGACUCAAAGCUCACCCCAGGAGUCGUGCGCGUCCUGCGGCUUCAGGGCGCCGGAUCAGUCGGAGCUCAUGAACAUCGAUUUCCUGGAGGCGGUAAAGAGGCACAUACUGAACCGGCUACAGAUGAGAGAGAGACCCAACAUCACCCAUCCCAUCCCGAAGGCUGCGAUGGUGACGGCACUGAGGAGACUGCACGCCGGCAAAGUACGAGAGGACGGCCGGGUGGAGAUCCCCAGCUUCGACGGGCAGGCUGCCUUCAACAACGAGGUUCAGGCGGAGACAUCUGAGAUCAUCAGCUUCGCAGAAUCAGAUGAACAAACACCCUCCAAAUCCAACCUGUACUUCCUCAUCUCCAACGAGGGAAACCAGAACCUGUACGUGUCCCAGGCCAACAUGUGGCUGUAUUUCCGUAUGCUUCCAGGAGGUCCUCAGAAGGGCAUCAGGAGGAAAGUGACGGUCAAGAUCCACUACCAGGAGGCCACAGCUGCCAGCGGCACGGAAGGAAGCCCAGGAGGUGGAGGCGGCGGAGGGGGAACAGGUCACUGGGCUCUGGUGGAGAAGCGGGUGGAUCUGAAGCGCAGCGGCUGGCAUACGUUCCCGCUAUCUGAGGCGGUGCGGGCAGUGUUUGGGAAGGGCAGCCGGAGACAGGACCUGGAGAUCCAUUGUGAGGACUGUGAGACAGCUGGAGUGGCUCCUGUUCUGGUGGAUCCCGGCGACCCAUCCCACCGGCCCUUCCUGGUGGUGCGUGCACGACAGCUGGAUGGAAAGCACCGCAUUAGAAAGCGCGGGCUUGACUGUGAUGGCACCAGCGGGGGCUUGUGUUGUCGGCAACAGUUCUACAUAGACUUCCGGCUUAUUGGCUGGAACGACUGGAUCAUUGCACCAGCUGGUUAUUACGGUAACUACUGUGAGGGCAGCUGUCCGGCCUACAUGGCAGGCGUGCCGGGCUCAGCUUCAUCCUUCCACACUGCGGUAGUUAAUCAGUACCGCAUGCGGGGGAUGAGCCCGGGCUCAGUAAACUCCUGCUGUAUCCCCACCAAGCUCAGUACUAUGUCCUUGCUCUACUUUGACGAUGAAUACAACAUCAUCAAGAGGGACGUGCCCAAUAUGAUCGUGGACGAGUGUGGAUGCGCCUGAGUCCACACUGGCCCGUCAUUAUCUGGACUGUCAGGAAGGCCUUUUGUACAAACAGGAUGUUAUUGUACGGUACACAUAUAUAUCUAUACCUACUGUAUGUGCAAGCAACACACACUGGUACCAUCUAGCAAAAGCAAGUAUCACUGUUGUGUCCAUGUGUGUUUGCACGUGUCAGCGCAGGCGUGUGUAUUUAUCAGACUGAGCGACACGCUUGCUGCCCGCAUUCUGCCCAUUCAUUGGUCAGCGGCGGCACGAGAAGGGAACGCUUAUCACCAAAUGAUACUUUUCUCUAGUUUGCCAUUUCUAGUUAAAAAAUAAUGGUCUGUCAUCUCCUUGUAAAUGAAGAUUUAAAAAACAAACAAACAAGCGCUUAAGGAAAGUGACAUGAUUGGCUUCACUGCCCACACGCCCCCUGCCCUGCUCUUCCAACCCUCUGAAAUACUCUGAGCACAUAACAGACUUGUGUUUUUACAAAGCACUGACAGUUCAUCAGCUUAUACAAUUCAGAACACCAGCACUUCCCUGCCAUGCAGACAGACUCAGUCUGGCUGUCCUCUCUGGUGGAGUUAAACUGGCAGCGCUUAAUGCCUUGCAGGAUUACAGCCUUCACAGCAGCGCAGCGGCAGAACAAAGUCCUCCACUGAGUCCCCACCGCCACCUCUGCAGCCGCCACUGUUGGCGUUAUUGUGGCCGUCACUCUUGUGUUGACAGAGAGAGAACUGCUUUCUCCUUCCCCCUGAGGCUCAGCAGAAGCCAGUCUGCAGACUUGGAGACUCUAGUUUUGGCCCAGUGGGUCACCACAGUGCAAUGCAGCACUUGCAGAAACUGAAAUGCACACCCUGAAUAGCACUUGUAUAAAUAAAUGCCUUCCAAGGGGUACUGAGUGUCCUGUCCUAUCGCUGAAUAAGUGCCACAUGAGCUAUGCAAUGUAUAGUAACCUAUACCCAUACUCAACAUGCUCUAUUAGACUGAAUCCUCUCUCCCGCUCUUUCUCUUCUUCUUCUUCUUCUUUCUCUCUUCAGUCCUCAACUCUUUAUCAAUACUUGAAAUGUAAUCUUUCGCUUCCUUUCCAAAGCGAAUGAUUGUUGUGACGUUUGCACUGAAAAGUUGCGGAUUUAGCGAAACAAAAACUGCCAUUGAAAAGUUAUUUUUAUAGAAGUAAAUUUGAAUUUUGUUUCAGAUGUAUUUUAACUAAUUAAUGGAACCAAAGAGGCCACGAUUUUAGCUGUAGUGCUCGGAUGGCAAGGCCACCGAGUCACUGUGUACAAUACCGUUUGUGAUCAUUUGUAAAAGGCCUACCACCGUAUCAGGGUACGACUUUUAAUUCUCCUGUCUUAGCUCUAUUUUCAUUCUCUGUUUUGUACAAUAAGCAACAUUUCAUUUUUCAUCUUUAAUUCUAUUUUUUGUUCCAGUUUUCUAUUUAAUAAGAAAAGCUAUUUUUAGUUCCUGUCUAAGAAACAUUUAGUCCAGUAAAUGUCAUCUGUACAGUUUAUGUAAAAUAAAAUGUUUUCUUAAAUAUUUUGUAACUUUAACUUCCUUUCUGCAUCAUGUUUUUAGUGUGACUGUUUUUGCCUAAUGACAACACUCAUAAUAUAUUUUAUUAUUAUUAUUAUUAUUAUUAUUAUUAUUAUUAUUAUUAUUAUUAUUAUUAUUAUUACUAUUGUUGCUGUUGUUUUUGCUGUUGCUGUUAUUGCUGUUAAAUCUGCUAAGGAGCAUUGGGACCAGUCAUAAGAUAAAAUUCAAAAAUAAAGUCAAAAUGUCAAGAAACAAAGUUGAAAUGAU